AGUGACGGUUGCAGGACACAGGAAUGCCUGUGUGCCAUUAUCCCUUCUUAAAAGCCAUGAAAGAUUUGGCAAGAGCUGCCCGGCAUGGCACUGCUGGCAAGAGGCUAGUCGUGGCUGGCAGCAAAUCCCAGGAAAAUUCUUGAGUCGGGGAGGAAAAGUUACUAAACUCUGCCCUGUUACUGCUGCUCGGCUGAGCUGAUCUCUGAAUAGAGGGGUCUUUGUAAAAAAAAAUCUGUUUUGGAUUUCUCCUCUUCUAACUGUGGCUUCUGUGCUGCGCUAAUGUAACAGACUGCCUGCUGCAGAGUAGUUUUUAAGCAAAUAAGAAUUGAUCAAAGAGUUGUGCAUAUGUUUGAAGAUCCCUUAAUGGAGAAAAAAUGAAUUAAUAAUCCUUGAAAGAAGCUUCAUGAAAAGCUUGCACUGAAAUCUAAAACUUCAAAUUUGGACUAUGUUGAAUUACAAAUAAAAUAAAAAAUGAAUAUUGAAAAGUUGGAGGAAAUUGGCUUGCAGCCUCCUUUGGUCAUCAGGGAUGAAAAUGGCAAUAAAUGUGUGUGUAAUAAUGCUGCAUUACCCUCACUGAAUGGAAGCACUGCUAGCCAGUACCAAGAAGCAGAACGUGAAGACUACAUAGAACUUAAGGAUACAAAUGAUCUGAUAAAUAGAUCAGGCCACCCGUGCACUGAUGCAGAAGACUUGCAGAAAGUUGCUAGUGACUACAUAUGCAUGGGGACCAUGGAUGUGGAGGCCGUGCAUAUGCCUGCUUCAAAGGAGCAAUAUUACAUGCAUGCCUUGAAACAAAACUUCACAGAACCAAUGAGCCUCCUUAAAGACGGUAUUUCAGUAGAGAGUAUUCAGAAUCUUGGUCCUGAGGAAUCUGUGCCUUAUCGCCAGGCAGAUCUAAUGCACUUGGCUGCUAUGGAGUUAAGUAAAAAUACUGAAAUCCAGGAUGAAUUAGAGUGUUCUCAAAUGGGACAGGAAGGAGAUAGUUCAGAGGAAUCUUUCAUUACAGUUAUAAACCUAGGGAAUAAGUGUCAUGAGGAAGGAUUUGGCCAUCAGGUAAUUGUAUCUUCUGGGGAAAUGAGUGCAGAGGACAGUUUGACAAAUAGUGUCAGCUCCUCUAAGCUAGAUGUCCCUGGCAACCCCAAUAUGACAGACAUGGACCUAGGGAGGGGAAUGCCACUUGAUAAUGCUCUUUCAGUAACUGGAAGUGAUGUCACCAAUUAUAUUGAUUUGGUAUCACAGAAUAGGGAAUGGCUCGAAAACCAAGGAAAGCAGGAUGUUGAGUGCGUAAAUCUUUGCUAUACCGGCUCACCAGGAUUGGAACCAUUUAAGCUGUGCAGAAAUGAGCCUCAGAAAUAUAUGCACAGCACACCUGAGCACGAUGAAGAUAAGAAAUGGGCAGCCAAACACAGAAAGGACGAUACCAUCAAUGCCUUAUGCCCUCUGGCAAUACAGAAUUUUGACGAACAUUUGGAGGAGUUUUGCAAAGAUGAGGAGGCUUUGACCAAAGGACCAAACUCCUCAGAAAAUGAUCAGGUUUUUCUUGAGGAAUGCGCUCAUGAGUCUGUGACAAUACCAAAAGAUAUACCAAAGCUAGAAAGAGUUGCUCUGCCCGAGCCUGGUUGUGACACAACUUUUGUGGUUUUCAGUCCCUUAGCUUGCAAAAAUGACUCUAUUUCUCCUUGUACAAACUCACCAAAAAAUACAACCUGUACUGUUUUUGCCAUGCCAAGUGAAGAUGGCGUCAGUAUUUCUAAAGCUGGGAAGAGUAACCCCACUGUGAAAGAGUCUACCAGGAGGACUUCACUCAGAAGUAAUUCUGAACGAGUCUCGGUUAAAGCGGUCAUCAGAUCUUCCCUUGUCCCUACCAUAACCAAAGCCAGAAAAGCAGAGAUAGUGAGCUUUCCAAAGCCAGACUUUAAAAAUGUCAAGGCAAAAGUUGUAUCCAGGUCUGCAUCACAUUUGAAAGAGAGUCCUGCAUUAAAAGCAGCUCAAAGAUCUCCUCAGCAAUCUACCACUCCAUCAUCCUCCCCAUCUUCUUCCUCGAGGCAAACAUUGUCUUCAAUUUCAGCGCUAAGAAAAAAAAUGGACUUGGAUAGAGGUACAAAAGCAGAAACCCCAGCGAAUAAGAUCUGCAAGCAGCAUUUUAAUAAACACCUUCCUAGCCAAGCUGUGCAUGCUGCAACUCAUUCUGAAAACACUUCCCACAUGGUUACAAAAACAACUGUGUUAAAGCAGAAUGUGGAGCAGAUCGACAAGGCAAGGUGUCCCAAUUCAACAUUCCUCUUUGUUUCUGGGACAUGCACGCACAACACAGGUGGGACUCUGAAUGACAGAAUGGAAAUUGUAGAGUCCUGUGUACGGCCUCAUGCUUUGAACAUCUGUCCCGUUCUUCAAGACGAACGGCAGAAUGACUGCCUGGGGGUUCCAACAGAAAUGUCUGCUCAAGAUGCAGUGAAUGAAGGCAUCGGACUUGCCCAUCUUCCUUCGGCUUCUUCACCUAGAGUGGAGACAACACAACGGCAAAGUUUACCCAAGGACAACCCAGUCACCCAAAGAAGUAGACCGGAGUCUGGAAGGACAUUCUGUUCUAAGAGAGGAAGUGAAAGUAAAAAUGUUCAUGCAACCAAAGUAUCUUCUCCUCAAAGAGCAGUUCUGCCUUUGAAUUCAGGAGCUGAAGUUUUUUCUCCUAAAGGGAGGCUUACGUCUGUGAGAACGCUGUCUGAAUCUUCGACCAGUUCUGGAAAGUUAAUUCCCAAAUCAAAAGUGCCCAUCAAAGGACCAGGAUCUCGGAGAACCUCUAGCAUUUCUUCAAUUAGCAGCUCUCAGAGUGACCAAAGUACUUGCAGCAAUAACUCUACAAGUGCCACAAUUAUCAUCAAGAAUGGAGAGUGGCCUUCCAAGUCUGCUUGUCAAAAUGGUACAGCUAUAAAGCCAGUGCCUAGGCCAAGACUGUAUUCUCUGAGAAACACCCCGAAAGGAACAAAAAGCAAGUUUAGUGUGGUGAGCCCCUGUGUGCCAAAAUUGACUGGAGCACUUCUUCCAGGAAGGAAAACCAGUGGUUCAAAAGGGAAUCCACAAUCAGGGCCUUCAGGACAAAAUGGGCCUCGAAGUUUAUUCUCAACAUUCACUUCCGUUGACAAGGGCAAGCAGAGGAAUCCUAAGAAUUCAGGCAUACAAACCCGCAGUUCUAAUGACGUGCAGUCUACAGAAACAAAAACACACGAGUUGACACAAUACAAAAGAAAAUGUGAACACCAAAGUGGAAUUAUCCAACAACUGAAGAAAUGUUUGGCAACCAGUAACAAGAAAUUUGAAGCAUUGACUCUUGUGAUCCAACACUUUCAAUCGGAGAGAGAGGAAACACUGAAGCAGCAUAAAGAGCUGUCCCUAGAACUUAUCCAUCUUCGUGGAGAGUUGGGAACUGCUUCGUCAGCAUGUGAGAAAUUGGAGAAAGAGAGGAAUGAACUGCAAGCCGCUUAUGAAGGAUUUGUGCAGAAGCUGAACCAACAACACCAAAGCGAUCUAGCUGAGUUGGAGGAAAGGCUAAAACAGUUCUACACAGCAGAAUGCGAGAAACUGCAGAGUAUCUGUAUUGAAGAAGCUGAAAAAUACAAAACCCAGCUCCAAGAGCAGGUUGAUGACUUGACUGUUGCGCAUGAAAACUUUAAACUAGAACUGGAAGCCAGUCAUACGGAAAAGUUCGAAGAACUGAAGAAGGAAUAUGAAUCAUCCUUUUCAGAGCUCAAGAAUACCCAUGAAUCAGAAAGAAAGUCACUUGGAGAAUCGUUCCAAGAAAAACAAGAAGAACUAGAGAAAAAAAUUGCUGACCUACAGAGUGAAAACGAAUCCUUAAAUGAAAAGCUGAAGUUAGAAGAGCAAAAACGAAUAGCCAAAGAAAAAGCAAAUCUUAAAAACCCUCAGAUCAUGUAUUUUGAACGAGAGCUGGAAAGUUUAAAAGCAGUGCUGGAGAUCAAGAAUGAGAAACUGCACCAACAAGAUGUCAAGUUGUUGAAGAUGGAAAAAAUGGUUGAGAACAACACAGCGUUAGUGGAAAAAUGGAGGAAACUUCAGCAGGAAAAUGAAGAGUUAAAAGCUCGAAUGGACAAACACAUGGAGCUAUCCAGACAACUUUCCACCGAGCAGGCAGUUUUACAAGAGUCCCUGGAGAAAGAAUCCAAAGUAAACAAACGCCUGUCAUUGGAAAAUGAAGAACUUCUGUGGAAGUUACACAAUGGCGACCUGUGCAGCCGAAGAGCACUGUCCCCUACUACUCCACCGAUGCCUUUUCAGUCUCCAAGGAAUUCUGGCUCCUUCUCCAGCCCCCCUGUGUCACCAAGAUGACACCUCUGUGUGUGGAGCGACUCCUUUCAUAGAGACAUUAAUCCAUGAUCUGCAGAACUGAAAACAUGAAUCGAGGGAGCAGAGUUACAUUAACUGUGUGUGAUUGAGAUGUAACUGAAAACUGCUGUUGUGAGGAACAGAUAUAAGACAUCCUGAGAGCAUCGGAGUAGGGCUUACCAAUGCUUCUCGUUUUGUUUUGUUUUUUACAAAAAGACUUUAGUAAUAACCUCUGGACGUUGUCGCACAAAGCACUUAAAAGAGCAAGAAGAGGUCUUGUUCGUUUUUGCCUUUCGCCUAACCAUAGGGAAAAAUGCUCAGGGGCUUAUAAAUAUAUGGUCAUAACCUUUAAUGUGUUUGCUCACCGUAGACACCUUUCUGAGAAUCGCGGUGUAGUGUGAAAGGAUUGGAUGUAGCACAUGAAGUGUGUCUGAUGUGGCCAUCUUUGUCAUGUACAUUGUAAAGGAUGAAAAAUGAAGAAUAUAGUGACAUGUAUAUCAUGAAUAAAACAUUGUCUGUAUGCAUGUUUUUUUUAAUCAAAGGUUUCUGUCUUCUCUGGGGCUGAGGAAAAGUGCUGUUGCGUUCCCCCUAAUCUCUUUGCUUCAGUUCAGUAAAAAGAUGAAAGGAAAUGGUUGUUUUUUAUUUUGUUUGCCUAUUUCAGUCAAAUCUGUAAACUGAUAAUCUCUUAAACAAUAAUGUAAUGUUCAAUUUUUUUUUGUUGCUUUCCCACUUUAUACCAUAUCUAUUUUGGAAUUAUUUUCCCCCUGCGAGCAUCCCCCCUCUUUCUUAAAACACUACAUAGCAGACAUGCAAUUCCUUCUGUCAGUGUGAUAAACAACUUUAGAAGGCUGAUCUGAUCCAAAAUUGCCAGAUUUCAAACUGAAGUGAAGGCAUUCAAGUGCUGUUCUUCCACCAAUAAGCAAGAGAAUGAGGGUGUGUAUGCCUACCAAUAUUUAUUUUUCUUUGCAUUUUGAAGAGUUAAAAUCCUGUUACCAAUGAAUUACCAUUUUGCACUUUUUUGCACACUUGCAAUUAAUGGCUAAAAGGAGAAAUCCACACCCAGGUUAUCUGCAACAGAUUUACCUGUCCUUUCUAAUAGACUUCAGGACUCUUCAUCUUCAGUUUCAUUUACGAAGAGGAUUUCUCCGCUCUCCGCCCCCAACCAUUAGAAAGACAAAAUUGGAUCGCAUUGCUGAAGUCGUAUAUGGAAGAUGUUCAUGUCACAUGUAACACUGGAUACUGUAUUACAAAUUUAAAGAUGACAUAGUGCAUGUCUGCUCUUGUUGAAGAUCUGGUCAAAAAUUAUUUUUAGGAUUUUAUAGGUCUUUGGAGUGCAAACACACUUUAUCAAAUGGACUGUCUGAUGCUGUCUAUAGGGGUCAUCACCUCAACAUCCAAGAAUGCAUUGAUAAUUCCUUUGCUGUGGAAUAGUUUACUGAUUAGCAAAUAACUGACUGACUAUUACUUUGCAAUGAAAAUUUGAGAACCGUUGGAGGUUUCUUUGUCACUUCCACAAAACUGGAGAAAGGGAGUCGAGAGUAAUCUUCAGUCAACUUGAAUAGUAAAAUGUUAAAACCAAAUGUUAUGGUCUAAGAUGCAAAAAUGUUUGCUCUGAAAGAGGAAGAUUUUAGAUACACUUAUUCUGUAAUUAUGGAAGUAUUAUCUACUCUGUAAUAUGAAAAAUUCAAGGAUGAAAUAUUUAAUGUAUAAAGUGUGCCUGCCCUGUGCAACAUUUUAUUUGCCCUUACCCCAUUUAUGGGAUUGUACUCAGCACUGUAGCUAGAGAUAUCAGCACUUCUGAAUUAACUCUUGUCCAGAAAUUGAGUAGAACCAUGAAAAUUCCGCUUUAGGCUGAAACUUGGCUUAGAACUAUGUCUUGGAGCAAUUUUAUUUCUUUGGCAAGAACAAAUUUGAUGCUAUGUAUACUUGAGUGUCGAAAAUUUAAAUAAAACUUUUUUUCUACUGGUU